AUGACUCAUGGAGAUAUCAUGGCAAACGGUUUCAUGUUCUGUGCCAGACACGGUCAAGAGCUCUGUCAUCGUUGUUGCGUCGAUCACAGAUUAUGUAAUACUGUCUCGAUCGAGAAGGAACUAGCGGCGCUUUUGGAAUCUAGAGGUGAUGACCCAGAUAUUGAUGCAGAUGAUAGACCAUCGAUUGAUCUUUUCGCAUACGCUCUUUUUCCUUUGGGUGACCCUUGGGAUCCAGAUGAUGAUAUUCCUUGCUGUGACCAUACCGAAGCUGAUUAUUGUGGGAAAUGUCAUUUGAAAUCUACACCUCGAAUUCUGAUUGGAAUUCCAGACGCGUAUUGUUGGACCCUGAUUACUCUCUGUGAUACGAUUGCGCGUUUAGAUUCGAAUUUUCAAAAGGUUGAUGGUAGAAAAUAUAUUUACAUUGUGAAUAUGAAUAUUUCUUUCUCACACGAAUUGGUCUAG